AUGCUGGGAAGAGGUGCGGCCAGGAGUGAGUGUGGGCGUGGGUGCCUCCCGCAGGCUGUCCAGACUCCUGGCGCUGCGGCGAGGUGGAAACUGCACGCGAGCGCCGGCGCGCUCUGUUCGCACCCCUUCCUUGCCGGCUGGCACUUCGGCUGCACAGUUGUGCCCAAGCCUCGAGACUUAGUGAGCAGACCUCUUCAGAGUCUUAUUGAGCCCAUUGCCAUUUCAGAAAGGACACUGGACUUGAUCUCAAAUAUUGAAAGAUAUAGUAAAAGAUACAUGAAGGUAUACAAAGAAGAAUGGAUACCAGAUUGGAGAAGACUCCCAAGAGAGAUGAUGCCAAGGAAAAAAUGCAAAAAAGCAGGCCCAAAACUCAAAAAGGCAAAAGAUACCAACAAAGACACUUCACUCACUAAUACUGCUGAUGUAUUGAAAAAGAUCGAGGAAUUGGAAAAGAGAAGUGAUGGUGAAAAAUCGGAUGAGGAAAAUGAAGAGAAAGAAGGAAGCAAAGAGAAAAGUAAAGAAGGUGAUGACGAUGAGGAAGAUGAUGGUGCAGAACAAGAGGAAUAUGACGAAGAAGAGCAAGAAGAGGAAAAUGACUACAUAAAUUCAUACUUUGAAGAUGGAGAUGAUUUUGGUGCAGGCAGUGACGACAACAUGGAUGAAGCAACUUACUAGCUAUGACAUUUCUCAAAAAAACAUUUUUAUGACACGGCUUCGGAACAUUUGGAUAGACUUCUUUCCUAUUUCUGAUAAGGAAUGAGUAAGUAUUUUAUUUUUGUUCCUGUUUUGUUGGACAAACAUUUGUUACCAAAAUAUUCAGAACCACUUUGAGUUUACAUACCACUUAUCUUACCAGUUAGUCUCUGACAUUCUGACAUUCCUUCUCAACACCUGUUACCCUGUUAAGUAUUCAAGCAAAUUUUGUUUUUUGGGAGGGUAUUAUUUGGAUUAGAAUGUGCCUAAAGAGUUUUUGCAUCUUUUAAUGUAUGUAUUCAUACUUGAACAGAUUAUUGUUUAACUGCUGAUCUUUUGUAAAACUAUCACUAGUCAUCACAAUGGAUUUCUGUAAUCUGAAAGCUGAUUUAAUACUGCACAUGCAGCACUUUAAAAAUGAAGAAACUUGAAAAUAAUUUUACUUUUUAGCUUUUACAUGGUAUGUUCUGUGCUACUACAUUAUGACUACAUAAAUCUACCUGAGCUCUUACAAGUACAUAUGAGAUUGGAAGUUUUGUGAUUGAAAACACACACACACAGGGAAAGAUGCCAAUUGGAGCUAUGUAAAUUUCACAGCUCACAUCUCAGCCAGUACAAAAACCUGAGAUGAAUAUUAAAAAUACUUGAAUUGGGGGCUAACUUCAUUCAUACUAUACAAUAUAUGAGUUAAUCAUCAUUCCACCAUAAUAAGUUUGUACCUUCAAAUAGUUGGGCUUAUGAAAAAUUAGACUGAGACAUCUGAUUUAAAUUUAUACUUUACAAAAGGUGGAGUAAGUUCUAAUUAUAUAAAUCUCACUGACGAAUACAUGUGUGAAAUCUGUAAGGUGUAAUGGCCUCUAUUAUAUUUCAAAGACUCAUCACUAUCCAGUUGAUUUAUAUAACAGUGCAGAAUUAAACUCAGGUCGUUCUGAAAUUAAGAUUAAUCUUUUCUUUUUUAAUUAAAAACUAGCUUCCCUGACUUUUUAUAUUUGUGGGGGGGAGGUACCUAAAAAUUUAGCCUCUAAAGACUCACAAAUAACCAAAGAUUUGGAAGGGAAUUCAUAUAUUCCAAAAAAUGAUUUAUUAAUAUUCACCAAAAGAAAUAAAUUUAUUUUUCCCUUUUGGGACAGUAUCACCUGUUACCUCCUAACCUAAGAACAAGAACCACAGAUUCUAUUUCUACCUUUACUGUUAAACUCAACCUUGAAAUUGAGCUUGGUUAAGUUUUUUGGGGGGGCCUUAAUUUCUUCACUUGUAAACCAUUUCCUAUAAAAAUUGUUUAAAUACCAACCUAAAUUUACUACUGUAUGUAUUCAUUCUCUUAGCAUAUAACAAUGAUCACACAAUUUAAAUUUGGUCUCGUCCUCUAAAAAACUGUAGCUUGUAAAGGGAUCAAAAACACUAUUUUGAGAAACAUGUUUUCCUCAGAAAAUUAUUUGUAAUCCAAUUUCCCAUCUUGUAUUCUGGUGGGAAUACAAGAUUUAGUCUUUAGCCAUUUUAUAACAUGGCUUUCUCAGGAACAAAGAUCACUUAAAAUUGUAAUAGUUCAGUGUUAUGUUGAUCAUACGUGAAUUAUUUGUUUAAAGGAGCUUAUAAAAAUUUUUACAAUUCAAAAUGGAAAACAUGAAUAGGUCUACUUUAAAGCAGCAAUCUACUGUACUUAGAGUGAAAACCUCACUUAAAGUUUGGGUUGUAGUGAGCAAAUAGUCAUCGAGGAUUGAUAAUUAACAUAGCUGUUUUAUGCUCUCACCUUCUUAUUAGCCAAAUACCAUUUAUGUCUUAUUUCUGUGGUUGUUUACUUGCCUUAUUGGAAAUCUGAUAAUUGCUUGAAAAGGGCAGAUAGACCAAAGAUAUAGGUUUUUUUUUUUUCCUAGCUUUCAGUCUGUCUCCACCGUUUUAGUCCUGCAAGAUGGUAAGACAGCCAUUUGGGCAGGGAUUUGCUCUGGGAAGCCCCAGCCAUCUCCCUAAGUGCACCGUCUUCCCCUUUGGAAAAUCUCUACAACUUUAGACUAAUUGUGAGAACAGACAAGAAGUAUUUGCAGGUUGCUUGUGCCAGCAUGAAUCUUGUUUUUGUGGCUUACAAUCUCAGAGACUGAAGUUAUUCCAUGGGAAGGUAAACUUUAAUGCAAAGAUAAUCUCUUAUAUAUAAAAAAGUAUUUGUUGGUGAAGUGUCUUUAAAAUUGCUAUAUAACAAGCAAGACUGUUUUGUUGCUAUGAUGCUUAUUUUUGUAUUGUUUACACAUUAAGUUCUUACAAAAUUGUGUCCUGUUGUAAGAUGUUUUACUUUGAACCUACUUAAAUAUAUUAGAGAAACUAAUGCAGAUUUUACCUGGUAAAAUAACUGUACUAAGCAGCGAUGCCCGUAUCAAAUACUCUUGAACUACCACCACCACUAACAAAACUCUAGGUGGUUCAAGUGAUAAAGAGAUUUGGCACACAGUAUAAUAUUAUUGGGAUCAUUGGUAUCAUGGACUGACACUGGAUACUAGAGAAUGCUAACAAAUUCAGAGGAUGCUCAUCUUUCUUUCCCCACUACCUCAAAAGUGUCAAGGUUUGUCUUACUAUGUAUGGUUAAAAGCUCUGUAGUAAAAACUGUAUUAAAAAAAAAUCACAAUUUUGAGAUCAAGGUGACUUUAAAAAUGAAAAAAAAAAUUACACUAUAAAUUCCUCCAUUAAAUAAAAGCUCCAAAUAACUUUCUUUUUUGCUACAGUAGGUAAUGUUUGAAAAUGAAUAUUCUGGAAGAAAUGUUUUAUAAUAAAAUUUACAUAUAAAUAGAGCAUAUUGUUCUAUGACUGAUCCACAACUUGCUAAGACUGGGACCUUGCCUUAUAAGGUCUUCUUCCAUGAGAUCCAAGAUCCCCCAAAGAACAUUCAUCUGAAAUUAGUUUUUAUUCCAUUUCAUCCUAUAAAUAAUCCAGUGAAUUUUGUUUCAGCAUAACAAGGGGGAUGACAAUUUGAUCUAUCUUAACAUAGUAUAUAUCAAAUAAUUUGAAAGAAAAGGUUUUACUUUAUUCAAUUAAAUUCACCAGCUUCCAUUUUAGAUUGAAUAAUAAAAUAGAAACUUUAUUUCAUUCUGAAGAUCUUUUAAAAUAUAAGGGGCAAAAAGUUUUAAAAACCAGUUUUACAGAUGUACAUGCUAACAAUGUUCUACAAUUCCAUUCUGCAUUCGUAUAAAAUACAUUAUACAAAAGCUUUAUAGUAUUUGCAUGUAAAAAGAAUUAUAUAAUGCAGAUAUUUCUAUGAUCUAACAGUGCAAUAUGCACAUACUUGGAAAAAAAUACUUACUUCCUGAGCAAUAUUGUUGUAAUUCAAAAUAAGAAUGAUUUCCAUCAUAAUGCACCAUUUAAAUAAAUACUUCUAAAAACUCCACUUUUACCCUACAACACUGACUGGAUCCUUGCUUCAUAUUUCUAAAACUAACUGUAUCCUUCAUAUUCCCAAGUAGGUAAUUUCAGAAGUAGAUAUCUUUAAAAAGAACCAAUUACUAAGUAGUGGUUUAUUUAAAAAACUCUUCAGGCCACUAAACAGCAAGUAGAGUCCAGAAAAAGAAAACCUUUAAGAAACAAGGCCUCUGGAGAAGUUAAUUUAACAUUACAGUCUUCUAAUUCUUUAUGUGGCCAGCAGACUAUAAUCAGUAUAUAUUAAAUGGCAUCCAUUAGUUAAAAACAACCUUAACCAUUGUACCCAGACUUAAAAAAAA